UACUGUAGUGUAGAGGUUUGCGCCACCACGUGGUGCUUCUGCGGGGAGUGAAAUUGCAACAUUGUUCAGUUUGGUGUAAGUUACAAAGAGAACAGCCUGGGUAGAAGUGAGACAACCACAACCAGAUGGGGUCCCAGGAUCGACCAACAACACUUUCCCAAUGACUGCCUACUAUGGAUUCCUACAACUUCGAAGAAGAUAUCAGUAUACUGACACAAGAAGGGCUGCAUGAUGAAGAGGACUGGGUUGACACCCCCAACACAGACCUUACCGGAGAGGAGCACUCUGCUUCCCACUUUGCCCUGAUCACGGCCUACAACGAUAUCAAACAGAGGUUAAUUGGGAUGGAAAGGGACAACUCCACUUUGAAGAGGAAACUCAGACAGUAUGAUCUCAAGUUCUCCUUCUCCAAUGAGUGUGGGGAUGAUCGGAAAUCGCCCCAAGGCCUACUUGACAUCAUUCUGCUGCGCAAUGAGAAUAGACGUCUGAGGGAACAGCUGGACCAUCUCAGGAAUCAGCUUCAAGACAGCAAAGAGAGGGAGGGUCACCUGGAAGAGGUCAUUCAAGCCUAUGAAAAGAUACGUUUGGAGAAAGAAGACCUGAAUCACCAGCUGGAAGAAAUGUCAGUCCUGGUGGAAGAUCACGUCUCGACAAUUCGGAGGCUGGAACAGGCUCUGAGACUGAGGGACAGUUCCGUCCAGAUCCUCAGCGACCAGCUCCAGGAGAAGGACGAGCAGAUUAUACAGCUGAGCCCACUGCCUGGUGGCCCUCAUGUACUGGAGAGUCCACGGCGUCAGCAGAGCUUGCGGGACCCAGGCCAACAGCUGGAUGAGCAGCAGGUUCAGCUUCUGCAGGAGGAGCUGGAUGAGCUGCAGAGGAAGCUGCGUAAUUGCCAGUGGAGGGAGGGGCAGUACAAGGAGGAAUGUGACCGUCUCCAGUCGCAGCUGAGCCAGCGCAGUCUGCAGGAGAGCUGUGCACAGGAGCUGAACUGUGACCUCAAUGACGCAGAAUGGAUAAAUGGUACGGAAGAAGAGCAGGAAAGGCUGCUGAUGGCCUACAGUGAGCUAGCCCAGGAGUUCUGCCAUCUGCGCCGUCUGACUGAGGCCCAGACCGAGAUCCUAACAAGGCUGUCUGAGGAACAAGCAACGAAUAACGUCCUUCUGCAGUCCUCAGUUUACAUGAAGCCCGAUGCUUUCUCCAGCUACCCCAGGAGCACAAGGCAUCCUCUCCAAGCCAGCUUCCAAAGCCGCCGCAGUUACUCCGAAGUCAGCGACACCAAGGUGUACCACCACACAAUGCCAUCUCGACUGGAGGAUGAACAGACCUUGACCAGGCACAGGCAGUACCUCCCCAGCGACUACCUGAAGAUGCCUGACAACGCAGACGAUGGCCCAUAUGACGGACAGCUGGAGUCCGAUAAUGAGGAUUGGAUGACCCAUAGUCCACCCGGCACGUUGGACAAGGGAAUGAGGAGCACUUCCUCCUGCACAGCGCUUCCCAUCCCAGACAACCCCACGGGCAGGAAUUCUACUGAGUAUUCCAGAUCUGAGCAUGCUCAGUCCUGGCCAUCGAUCAACCUCUGGAUGGAAACAGGAGACUCAGAUAUGAGGAACUGUCCACUGUGUCAAUUGGCCUUCCCCAUCAAUUACCCUGACGACGCUCUCAUAAAACACAUCGAUACCCAUCUGGAAAACAGCAAGAUCUGACCAAUAGGCUCUGUGCUGAAUCACAGAAGGACUGAAGCAAGCUAAGAAGUGAAACAAAUGCUCUUGAAAGCUGGUCAAGAUAAUGAAGAGUGAUCACAUUUUCUACUUGCUGAUUUCAUUUGUUACAGUUGGGGUUGGGUGCAGUGUUGGAUGAGGUGAUAGAGCAAGGGACAGAGGAACGAGGAUUAAUAUUGAAUAGAUGUAAUAUUGAAUGAAGACCAUUCCCAAGCCGAGGGAGGAAGCUUGAAAUUUUUUGAUUAGCAAGUGUUAAGCAGGCCAAUUGAUAUGUCUUCCAGUACAAUCAGUUUACUUCCAAAAGCUGAAUACUUGAACAUUGAUCAUUAGGAAUUUAGUUGUUCAAAAAGCGAUAACUAAAGAUUACACAUUGGGGAGAGUAGGGAAUGGACCUUAAAUUGUCAACCCAUUCUUCAACAGGACAAACUGAGUUAGCAUAACACACCACAGGAUCAGCAUUCCUGUGGAGAAAAUCACACCGUAUGGCUAUCUUCUAGUUACCAAAGUAUAACUAGAAAAUAACUAUCAGUGAGUCAGGAAAUACAGAAGCUGAUCCGUAGCAUGGUAUUCAGAAGGUGCAGGAUGUGUGUGGGCUUUCUACUAAUGUACAUUUAUAGCCCAUUGAUCGUCAAAAUGCAAAUUAUAUUUAUGAUAUUACACAUCUUAAUGUAGCACAGUAGAAAAAUAAAACUAAUUUCACAUUAAUAUUGGCAUUUACAUGAUAUAAAGUCAUAUAAUGUCAUCGCACGCAUGCCUUUCAUUCACAUCUCUUCGUACUUAAACAUUUAUGCUGGCCAGUGUACCUUCAGUGUUGUGAGUACCUCAACCCUACUCAAUGUAGUGGAAAUUUUAAAUAUCCCGGGUUUACACUAACACACGGCCGCAUAUUUACACACACACGCACGCGCGCGCGCACGCGCACACACACACACACACACACACACACACACACACACACGUUCUAACAAGUCAUCACUUGCAGCAGACUGAAUCUCCAUUGUUCCAAAGAUCCUAGUGACUGACAGCAGGGAGUGAUAUUCUAAUACUGGGAUUUGUACUGGGCACGAUCUCAACGAGAUCAUGAAAUUUUAUAUUCUCUGUGUAUGUGUGUAUAUAAAAUAAAAAUCUUAC